CCGGCUUUAUCAUCAGAGGUUAUUAUAAAAUGAGUGCUUUUUACUGCCCUUGUUGUCAGUAGGUAAACGUAGAGUCGACUGAACAGACGCAAAAUGAAGCCUCUGUUCUUUCUUAUCUGCGUAGUUAUAACAAUAACAAUAAUAGAAGCUGCCCCUUGGUAUAAAAACAGUCCGAGAAGAACACGUGGAAAAACUGAAACGAGCAACAAUCAAGACGAUUUUGGUGUCGAAGUAUUUGAUGUAAAUGGUGGAAAUACUGAAGUCGAAAGUGAUAAUGGUUACAAAAGCGUAAGCCGUGGUGAUCAAAAUGGUGAUGAUAAUCAAGACAAUGAUGGAGCUGAUGUAGAACAAGAUGGUGACAAACAAGAUGAAGAACAAGGUGGUCGCGGAUUCCAAGGUAGUCGUGGAUUUCAAGGUGGUCAAGGAUUUCAAGGUGGUCGUGGAAACCAAGGAAACUACGGACCUCAAGGGGGCUUCAAAAACAAUGAUGAUUCCGGGGAUGUAGAUAACCAUAGAUAUCCACCAAGCCGAGGAAAGCCAAGUGGAAGACGGAACCAAAACGGUGAUGGCAACAGAAACAAUGUUUUUGGUAAUUGGCGACAAGAUUAUAGCUACAACUACGAUAACCAAGGAAGUUUUCAGUAUGGUAAUAGAUAUCAAAGCGGGGACCGUGACUUCCGUCGUGAAAGCAUGAAUGGUGGUUCAAGCCCCAUAUACAGGUUUUGGAGACUAAACGGUAACAAAAACUAUGCAGGUAACAGAAACUUUAGGUAUUCAAGAGUCCAAAAUAUGGGUCAAGCAAGAAACGGUGGUAGAAAUCAAAAUAUAGGUCAAGCUGGCAAAAAUGACAGAACUCAAAAUAUAGGCGAAAUUGGCAGCAGUGGUGGAACUCAAAAUAUGGAUCCAACUAGCAACAAUCACAGAUCUCAAAAUAUGGGUCAAGUAGACAACUUUAUCAGAUAUCAAAAUAUGGGUCAAACUAGUAACAGUGACAGAACUCAUAACAUGGAUCAAGCAGACAGUGGCAGAAGCCAAAAUAUGAUACAAGCUGUCGACCAUGAUAGAACUCAAAGAAUGGAUCAAUUAGGCAAUAGUGGCAGGAAUCAAAAUAUGCAUCAAGCUGGCGAAAGUGACAGAACUCAAAAUACGGGUCAAACAGGCAACAAUGACAGAAAUCAAAAUAUGGGCCAAGCAGGCAACGGUGUUAGAAAUCAAAAUAUAGGUCAAGCUGGUAACAAUGAUAGAUAUCAAAAUAUAGGUCAAGCAGGCAAUGGUGCCAGAACUCCAAACUGGGUUCAAGCAAGUAACAGAGACAGAACACAAUAUUGGGGUAUACGUGGUAACAACGGACAAGUUGGUGACAGAAACCAAAACUUCAGCAGCAGAAGACCAGCCUGGACCCAAGGAAGUUUUAUGAAUAUAGGAAACGGUACAGGAAAUAAAAACAUUGUUUAUUUAGACUGAGUUCUAUCGACUUUGAAGGGUGCAACUAAUUAAUUUAAGCAAAAUUCAAUAUAAGCUAGUUUUUAAGAAAAAGUUUUAAAAUGCGUGGUGUUCCUUUUUUA